AUGACCGACUUCCUAAUUGCCUACGGCUCACAAACUGGUCAAGCCGAGACGAUUGCCAAGAGUAUCAAGGAAAGGUCGGAGUUAAUUGGACUGAAACCUCGCCUUUUUGCUCUUGACGAGAAUGAGAAAAAAGUAAUCUUUUCGGUAUUCUGAUAGUAAACAGUGGGAAUAUAUUCCAGUUCGAAUUAAACGAAGAAAAGCUGUGUGUUAUCGUUGUUUCAUCGACUGGAGAUGGAGACGCACCAGACAACGCGGCUCGUUUUGUGAGAAGAAUUAACAGAAAAAUUCUCGCCAAUGAUUUCAUGAAAAACCUCGACUACGCAAUACUCGGUGAGUGACACUGUCUGUGAUCACAAGACGAACUGUGGUCGGUUGUCUGAUAACGAUUGAUGUCCUAGUUGCGUCCUUUUCUAACCGCAAAAUGACGAUACGGUGAAUUUAGGGCUGGGCGAUUCUAAUUACUCGAGUUACCAAACGAUUCCUCGCAAAAUUGACAAGCAGCUCACGGCUCUCGGAGCAAGUCGGCUUUUCGAAAAAGGAGAAGCCGACGAUCAAGUGGGGUUUGGGAACAGAAAAUAUAAAAAUGUGGGGAAGAUGAAACAAUUGUAGACUUGAUUUGGCUGUUGAACCAUGGAUCGAAAAGUUGUUCGCUGUUUUGGCGGCGCGAUUUGGUAUCUCAGAAGAGAAAAUGAAUGCUAUCACGGAGGCUCCACAAGUUAAAUUUAACGAGAUCAAGUCGGAAGAAGAGAAAAAGGCAUUGCUGGAGAAAAGACGCGCGGAUGAAGAAAACGACGAAGAAGGAAAAGGCGGAGUGACGGGUGUGGACAUGCUCAUUCCGGAGCACUACGAUUACCCGGAAGUUUCAUUGCUAAAAGGUACUGCUUCUGAAGGAUAGUUUCUUGAUCUUCAUGCUUAUUUCUAGGUACACCACAACUUUCAAACGACGAAAAUCUUCGAGUACCGAUCGCUCCGCAGCCCUUCAUAAUUUCUGCAGUCUCUCAUAAAAAACUGUCCUCGGAUAUCAAGCUGGAGUGGCAGAAUCUGUGCAAAAUGCCAGGAGUCGUCACCAAGCCUUUCGAUGCUCUUGUGGUGUCUACGGAGUUCGUCACUGACCCGUUUUCCACUAUAAUCAAAACCAAACGAAUGAUCACUGUGGACUUUGGAGGUAUGAUCAUGCACUUCACUUUCAAUUCUAUUGGUACUGUUUUACAGAGAAUUCUGCCGAACUCCAGUACGAGCCGGGAGAUGCCAUCUACUUCUGUGUUCCGAACCCUUUGGCGGAAGUGAACUUCAUUUUAAAACGCUGUGGAGUUCUGGCAGUGGCCGAUCAGCAAUGCGAACUUUCGAUCCAUCCGAAGACUGAAAAAAUCAACGCCCAAGUUCCGGGACAUGUGCACAAAGUCACGACGCUCCACCACAUGUUCACCACGUGUCUAGACAUCCGGCGAGCGCCAGGAAGGGUUUGUUGUAAACUAUGAUAAUCACAAAUGAGGGAACGUUUCAGCCGCUGAUCCGUGUUCUGGCCGAAAAUACUUCAGAUGCGACAGAGAAGCGAAGACUGCUUGAACUGUGCAGUGCCCAGGGAAUGAAGGAUUUCAAUGAGUACGUCAGACAGCCAGGACUGUCACUCGCAGAUGUGCUGUUCGCUUUCCCGAAUGUGAAGCCACCAGUCGAUCGGCUCAUCGGUAGUCCUUUGCUCCUUUUCAUAGACCCAAAUCUGUUUAAUUAACAGAGCUCCUUCCUCGUUUGAUUCCACGUCCGUACAGCAUGUCUUCUUACGAACAGAGGCGGGCUCGUCUCAUCUACUCCGAAAUGGAAUUCCCGUGCUCCGAAGGGAGAAGACAUUCCCGAAAGGGACUCGCCACCGAUUGGCUCAAUUCGUUGCGAGUCGGCGACAAAGUACAAAUUCUCGGAAAGGAACCAGCUCGCUUCCGACUUCCGCCUUUGGGUCAGCCGAAGUCUGCAGCUGGAAGGCUGUCAUUGCUCAUGAUCGGACCAGGGACCGGAGUCUCCGUCUUCCUCUCCUUCCUCCACUUUUUAUUGUGAGCCCUUCUUAUUCUCUUUCCGUAUUUUUGGUAUUUUUCAGAAAAGUUAAACGUGAAUCUCCCGCCGAUUUCUCCGAAGUUCCACGUAUCCUCUUCUUUGGUUGUCGAGAUGUUUCUGUUGAUGGAAUAUAUAUGUAAGAACUUUCCAUUUUGAGGCAAAUUCCGGCGACGAACGGACGCCCGCACAAUCGUAAAGAUCCACAGAUUUAUGUGUCUGCGCCAGUCAGUCGGACAGACGUCGUCGCGCAUCCCAUGAUUUUCUCAAUGUCUUUGCUAGAAAAUACAAGGGAACAUUUGCAGGAACGAGUUACGCGGAUUCAUGAACGAAGGGAUUCUCACCGAACUAAUCAUCUGCGAGAGCGAACAAAAGGGCGAACGAGUGCAGGACGGACUGAGGAAGAAUCUCGAUAAGGUGCUUCCAUUCCUGACGCCAUCUGCAGAGUCGAAGAUCUUCAUCUGUGGAGAUGCGAAAGGAAUGUCCAAGGAUGUGUGGCAAUGCUUUGCAGACAUUGUGGCAGCUGAUCAGAGUCUCAAUGACUUGGAAGCCAAGAAGAAGCUUAUGGAUCUGAAAAAGUCGGACCAGUACAUCGAAGAUGUGUGGGGUUGA